GUGCCCCGGCCCUCGGCCGCCCCUGUCUGCGGGCCGCGCCCUCACGCACGGACAAUAAAAUGGCUGAGAAAAUGACAUCAGUCAAUAAGAUGCGGGAAGCCGCUGCAAGAAUCAUUCAGAGAUCCUGGAGAAGUUCCCUUGCAGAGCUUCUAGAUGCCGCUGCUGGUAUUCAUGUACGAUUCAGACUAGGUGGAGUUACAUUUCCACCUGAGAUAUACUAUAAAAUUUUUACUCACCGACAUAUUGAAGAUCUGUGUGCAAACAGCCCUAGAGAUUACACAAAACUUCCAGCAAAAUACAUAUCUCAUAACAAAAAUGACCAAAUUGAGAAAGAGGAUUACAGUGGCUGGUAUCGUCGUAUAGAAAACAAUGGCUGGAGGCCUGUCUCUAAAAGAUUUUGGAUACCAGAUGAAUAUGAAGUAGAAAGUAAAAAGGAAUAUGAAUUUCAUUUUUCUAAAUUGAAAAGAAGGCAAGAUUUAGAAAAGAAAAGGAAAAUUAAAAAAGUACAAUGGAUGAGGAAAAUGUACUACAUGGGAAGCCUCGAGGCCAAGGCAACACAUGGUGAAACUAUAGGUCUAAUUCACACCGCAACAAAGGGGCUAAUAAAAAGCAUUGAGAAGGGCGGGAUAGAUGCUGUGAUGGAAUGGGAAGUAGAUGAAGUGCUGAACUGGACAAACACUCUCAACUUUGAGGAGUAUAUUGCUAAUUGGAAAGAAACUGCUACAAGCAAUUCUUCAUCAUGCCUCAGAGGUUUCAGGUUUGAGCAAGCAGCAAACAACAUCUUCGACCAUGAAUAUACGUCAGAGGAACCAUCUGAAGCCCCAGAUAGUUCUUACUAUGAGCAAGUUUACUGAAACACUGAGGUUGCUACAUUAACACCAGAUUCCACUUACGGGGUGUAAACAUGGAGUAGAUUACUUUCUUUUAUGAGUUAUGGCCCUUCAAAUCCUGUGAUUACCAGUUAAAACCAACGACAGCUUACUCCAACUACAAUGAUGAGUGUGCAUUCUUUACAC